GCGCACCGAGGCGUUCCUCAGGUUGCGCUGCUUGGAAACGGAGGGAGCCAUUGGAGAGGCUUUGGGGGGUGGGGGUGGGAGCUCCCUAAUCCCAGGAGAAAAUCGGGAGAGACUGGGGUGGCCAAGUCAGCCCAAUAACCAGGCUUGGAGGAAUAGGGCAAGAGUGGAAGGGGAUCGUUUUGCUAGAGAUCGCUAGGCUUCUCCUCGGAGGAGCCGGGGAGGCACUAGGGAGGAGGCCGGAGCUGCAUGGAGUUUUUGGGGCGCGCAACUCCGGCGGGGCCUCGGCCACUGGGCUCCGGGGCGCAGCGAGGAGGCAGCCGCGCACAUGGGCUGAGCCCGCGCGGCCAGCGGGCGCGGGAGGGGUAGAGGCGAGCUCGGUGCAGGGGGUGCGGGGCGCACGUUUCCCUAGACGGGAGGCGAGGACAAGGACAGGGUCGGAAGGAGCAGCCUGGAUCACCGCGGGCUCUGCAAAGAUCAGCAGACUCAAGGGAAAGACUUGCACGCGGUUCCCGGGCGCCACUGGGUUGGGCAAAGCUGCCUCCCAACCGGAGUGGGGGACGCCGUGGGAGCCGGCGGCAGAGAGGAAGGAUGCCCGCGCGGGGACGCGUGUGAGCGCCAGGCUGAGCGCUCGGUUUCGCGUCGCCCCCUCCCUGCGGGCCUCGGAGGAGGUGCCUGGGCAGCCGGGCAGCGGAGCCCGGGCUCCAAGAGAGGGAGAAGAUGCCGUUCCACCAUGUGACCGCUGGCUUGUUGUACAAGGGGAAUUACCUCAACCGAUCUCUGUCGGCAGGCAGCGACAGCGAGCAGUUGGCGAAUAUCUCUGUGGAAGAACUGGAUGAAAUCCGAGAAGCCUUUCGUGUUCUGGACAGAGAUGGGAACGGCUUCAUUUCCAAGCAGGAGCUGGGUAUGGCCAUGCGCUCUUUGGGGUACAUGCCGAGUGAAGUGGAGCUGGCUAUCAUCAUGCAGCGUCUGGACAUGGACGGAGACGGGCAGGUGGAUUUUGAUGAAUUCAUGACAAUUCUUGGGCCCAAGCUGGUGUCAUCAGAAGGUCGUGAUGGUUUCCUUGGAAAUACGAUAGACAGCAUCUUCUGGCAGUUUGAUAUGCAAAGGGUCACCCUGGAGGAGCUGAAGCACAUCCUGUACCACGCCUUCCGGGACCACUUGACGAUGAAGGACAUAGAGAACAUCAUUAUCAACGAGGAGGAGAGUCUGAACGAGACCUCGGGGAAUUGCCAGACAGAGUUUGAAGGAGUUCAUUCACAGAAGCAGAACCGGCAGACCUGCGUCCGCAAGAGCCUCAUAUGCGCCUUCGCCAUGGCCUUCAUCAUAAGCGUCAUGCUGAUUGCAGCCAACCAGAUCCUGCGGAGCGGCAUGGAGUAGCAGCAGCCUCCCACCAGCCACAACCGCGUUGCCAGCUCACUGCGCAUGUGCAUGCCCCGCGGGCAGACUCUGUUCCUCCACAUCGGAGAUCUGGACCUAUGGAUGGAUGCAGUCGUUGGUACAGUUCAGUAAAGAACUCAAGUUUGCAGGGUAACCGGGAUCACGGAUCAACUCCAUCUCCUUGGCAGGGACACUAAAGGGCUGUCUUCAAAUGCUUUCAUGGUUUUGUUUCCCAAUGCAAUAAAUACCCGGGAGUUCUCAAUUAUUGCUUCAACCGCCAGUAGCAACUCCGAAGGGGGAAAAAUACUGCUUUCUUUUCGUCUUGGAAUUCUAGUAGCCAUCCAAGUAUCGCGGUGGCAUCACAGAGCGAGAAAGAAAAGACAAGUAUGAACAACACUCACCUCCAUCCAUGCCCCGAUUCUUUCAACCCAGGGACCCAAAGAAACUUCCUGCUGAGGUUGACCUCUGGGUUGCUACAGGAAAGGGGACUUUCCAUCUCACCCUGGCUUCCUUCCUCCACCCCGUGGAGACCCCUCCCCCCAAGGCAUGAGGGGGAAAGCCAUUAGGCAGGGCUCAAGCUCCUUGCAGCACUGCUGGUCUUAUUGCCUUUUCUACAGGACUCCUGACGGAAGAGCUGGGGCGCUCUCGGUUGGUUUCCUUGGCACUUGGCUUUCUGUUUCUGAAGUCCAUCCCGCACCAGCAUCUUGGAAUCUGCAGAGAGCCUGGCUCCCAGCUUUUCUUGCCUGUGCCACCAUUAGAGAAAAGAAAAAAAAAAAUUCAUAGCCCGGGUGUGUCUGUAACCCAGAAGCAUAGACAGACAAGAGACUUCUCCGUGUUUGAUGCUGUUCUUCCCUAACCGCUUACUUUGGACGGGAAUUUGUUCUCUAACUCACACCCAUCCCUGCUUCUUGGGAGCAAAGGGUGAAGCUACUGGGGGAGGGGAAGAAUUGAGCCUGGUCGCAAGGAGGCCCACACCCUGAGCAUCCAAAGUAACAGAGCCCUUCUGAGUCUCCUUGCUAGACAACAUCUGUAAGUUAAGAUUGGUGUACACCUAAACCCUUCCCUCAUCUCGGACUUUCUUAGUGAGUCUUUCCCCAGCUAAAAGAAAGAGACCUAGAACCUGGAGCAAAAAAGCUGGAAAGAUUAACUUGGCUGUAUGGGCUGGAUUUUGCUUAAUAUCUCAAGAUAUUCAGAUUGUGCCAGU